UUGUGUUUCAUUGAAAUCUUCCAGUGAGUUGAAAUAAGUAACUGCCGGAUGUUGGGAUCGAUGGUUUAAGAAUUAAAUUCAUCGUAGCUCGUACAACGCACCAUUGAUAAAUAUAUACAAUACUAUAUCCAACCGUAAAUACAUUUGCAGACCAAAAGACACCUAGUAUAAACCAUUACAUCCACAACAAUCGAGGGGAAAUGGAGUAUUUUUUAUUAUUCGUGUUGUUGUGCUUGGUAUUUCUGCAUUUAUACCUGCAUCACGGCCGAUGCGGGAAAUUAAUGAGCCGAUUACCCGGACCGACUAUGCUUCCUAUUUUGGGAAAUGCUUUGCAAGUGAAUGUGUCACCAGCGGAAAUAUUCAAACGAGUUAGGCAAUGGAGCAAAACGUACUAUCCAAUUUUUCGAGUGUGGAUUGUCAACGUGCCUUUGGUGCAUAUUCGUCAUCCGGAUGACAUUGAGAUAGUUUUGACGAGCAAAAAUCACAUUAAUAAGAAAUUUGGGUACGAGCAUCUACACAAGUGGUUGAAAAGCGGCCUUUUGACGAGUUCAGGGAAAAAAUGGCACCAUCGACGAAAGAUUUUAACACCGGCUUUCCACUUUAAUAUUCUGAAGAAACAGAUGGAAAUGAUGUUAGAACGAGCAGAAACGCUCAUCUCCAACUUGAAAAAUAAAGGUUCAAUAAUCGAUGUGAAUUUAGUGCCAUUUUGUACGGAAUAUUCUUUAAAGAUCAUUUGCGAAUCAUCGAUGGGUGCAGUUGUGGAUGGAGAAACAGGCAACGAAGCAGCAAAUUAUAAAAAAGCAUUGGAUGACAUGGUUUAUAUGGUGGUGUACAGAUUACUGAGGCCCUACAUCAAGGAUUGGAUACUACCUUUAUUACCUAAUAUAAACAAAAAAAUAAAAAACAGUAUUACUGAAAGUGACAGAUUUAUCAAUGAGAUAAUAAAGCAACGACGACAGUACCAUCAAGAAAAUAACUACAAGGACUUGGAACAACUUCAGAAUGAUACCCAGGACUUGAAGGAUAUGUAUUUGGACGGAACUAAGAAACGAUUAGCUUUGCUCGAUCUCCUUUUAGCUGCUGAAAGAAACAAGUUAAUAGAUCACGAAGGUAUAAAGGAGGAAGUUGCUACUUUUGUCUUUGCAGGACAUGAUACCACAGAAACGGCCAUGACCUUCGUUAUUAUGGUAUUAGCGGACCACGAAGAAAUUCAAAGUCGAGCAAGAAAAGAAGUUGAGGAAAUUUUUCGUCGGAACAACGGCAUAUUUGAUUUCUCAGAUCUCAAAGAUAUGGUGUACCUGGAAAGAUGUAUCAAAGAAUCUCUUCGAUUAUAUCCGUCGGUCCCUUCAAUAAGUCGGGAAAUGACAGAAGAUUUGCAAUUGAAACACUGUCUCGUGCCCAAAGGAUCGAAUGUCGUUUUGUCUAUCGUUGAUGUCCACCGCGAUCCGAAUUUCUGGCCAGAACCGAACAAAUUCGAUCCCGACAGAUUUUUACCCGAUAAAACGAUCAUACGUCAUCCAUUUUCCUACAUUCCAUUUAGUGCUGGAUUCCGAAAUUGCAUUGGUCAAAAGUUUGCAAUGAUAGAGUUGAAAAUUCUUAUGGCCCUGAUUUUGUACAAUUUUCAUUUGGAACCGAUCGAUCGUCUCUGUGACAUUGAAUUGGUAGCAGAUAUUAUCUUGCGCCCGAACCGUCCUGUACAAACGAGAUUCGUUAAAAUAGACAGAUAGUAGUGUUCACUGUAAUUUGACUAUCGAAUAAAAAACGAAUUGUGAUUAAAUUAAAUUUUGCUGAUUUCACAACA